UCAACAAUAAUCUGUUGGGGACCCAGCAUGUCUAUAAGCAAUGAGUUCAUUAAACUGCAGUCCAUUGUGGCGCUGGUAUUGCUCAUUUGCAUCACUCCAAUAUUGCUGGUGGCAGCUGCAGUAACCUGUAUAUAUAAAUGGCUUGUUAAGCCCAUGGAAAGUGUAAUGGGAGAAGUUGCUUUGGUAACUGGAGGUGCUUAUGGACUUGGCCGAGAAAUUGCUAUUGAAUUGGCCAAAAUGGGCUGUCAUUUGGCCAUAGUGGAUAUUGAUUUAAAUGGCGCCAAGGAAACUGUCAACCAGAUUCAAGGGAUGUAUAAAGUGCGCGCCAAGGCGUAUAAGGUGAAUGUAGCCAAUUACACUGAACUUGUUGAGCUGCGAUCAAAUAUCAACACAGACCUUGGACCUGUUACCAUUCUGAUUAACAACGCCGGCAUUCUGUUGAACAAGACUUCUGAACCCAACGAAAUUCAGCGUAUGAUUGAUGUUAACCUCACGUCCCAUUUUUGGACCAAGGAUCUUUUUCUGCCCAUCAUGAAGGAGCUGCGCAAGGGGUACAUUGUCAGCAUCAGCUCUGUGAGUAGCCUCAUGCCAAUACCCUACCACGGCUGUUACUCUUCCACCAAGUUUGGGGUUAGGGGCCAAAUGAGUUCACUGCGAAUGGAGCUAGCUCUUGGUGGUCAUCACAAUAUACACGCCUGCACCGUAUUACCCUGGUUCCUCGAUACAAAUAAUGCGGUUUUGGAUUUGACCAAGAAAGCCAAUAUUCACUAUCUUUAUCCGGUGAUUAGCGGAUCUGCUGCUGCUCGUCGAAUUGUUGAAGGAAUGCUUGCUGGCGAACGGGAAAUCACUUUGCCAGCUAUACUUGCUAUAAUGCAUCGAGUGAUAUACCUGCUUCCCAUCAGCUGGCAGGAAAGAAUAACGCUCCUUUUAGCUAGUAAGCAACUUCAGGUGUUGAACAUGUUGCAGUCCUGAACGAACUGUAUUUUGUUAUUUUUGUAUUAGCUUUGCUGAAAUAAAUCUGAGGCUAUAUUUUAAUACUCA